AUGAUGCUUCACUCACUUCUAGCAGUACUUGUCUCUCUAACCUCCUGGACACCGCCGGUAUCCGCCUCGCUCAGGAUAACAGCUAACCACCAUUCCUUCGGUGGUGUCAACUACCCACAACUCCAAUUCUUCGCCCCCCAACACCGCGAUGACAGCAUCCGUGAAAUCGUCAAAAGCGGCGCGCGAGUAAUCCGCCCAUUCAUCCGUCCAGAUGCCCAACACCCGGACCCAGAAGGCGAGCUAGGGGGCUUCGACAAAUCUCUCUUGGACCAAUUCGACGACACACUAGCCGCCAUCCACCAUCUGUCAAAGGGGCAGGUUAAAGUCAUCAUCGCACCCCAUGACGCACAUGCGCUUCGUGGCUCAAAUGACGUUCCUUGUGAUGCCUACUGUCAGAAACUCGACGGUGCCUUUUUGGAUUUUUACAGCAGCGAAGAGUACCGCAAUCUCUACAAAACACGCCUCGAAGUCUUCUUCAAACACUACCCUUCCAGGAACUUUGAUGGGCGGCCCUGGGGCUCCCUCUCUGAAGUCAUCUUGGGUGUUGAUCUGCAGAACCAGCCAUUUUCUGGCAUCAGCCCGAUACCGUCCGGCGAAUCCUGGCUGUGUGAUAUGGCCUCGUAUCUGAAAUUUAGCAUCGGACUUGAUAGUGCCGGUAUUGCGGUUAUCAGUGGUGGGGUCUCUGGACCACAAAGUGUGGAUGGGAACGAGAAUUUCCCAGACAGCGUCUUCGACUGCAAGGCUAUUGACGUCAUUGGCAUCCAUGGGUAUUUUGACAAGACGGCGGAGAGAACGGCGGGGACGCCGUGGGCGGAGAUGUUCUUACCGGGGGACACGCUGACAGGGAGGGCAAUGGGCAAAGGGAAGAAAGGAAAAGAGGGCAAAUUAUUGUUGGUGGAGGAAUGGACGUAUGUGCACAACUCCGACUUUGGCUUGUUCUACAAGAAAGAAGCGGUUUUUGAUCAGGGGAAUGCGCUGAAUUAUCGGGGAAUUCCUUGGAUAUACUCUCACCUAACCACCCUUUCCGAGGGAAAGACCUCGCGUAUCAACCCCAUCCAUCCCACCUACACCACCUGGACCGCCCUCACGGACGUCCUCAAACGCUCGGUAACAGCCCGUAGUAAUUUCAACUGGACUAAGUACCUCUCCCCACCCGUUUCCAUCAUCCCGCCUUCUGCCGACGAAAAAACAGCGCAGCACCUCCAAGCCAUGCUCACAGGCUCCAACAAUCAAGAAUGGAAACUGCAGCCCCUGGGUCUUUCCAACGUCUCAAGCGUAGUCUUGAACCCUUACAUCAUCGAGCAGAGCGAUUGCACCUUCGGCUGUCUCGGCCACUUCCUGGUAGAGUGGGGCAGCGGUGCAAUAGCAAAGCAGUUUGCCAAUCGCAUCUGA